AAGGUUUGUGUUGGAUAGCUGAUGCAUUUCUCUCCGUACUUCUGAAGCUGUGGAGUUAUAGUUUAUGGUCAGGAGGAUUAUAAUCACCUGUCACUGAGCCUGAGCCAUGACCUGCCACACAGCCUGGACCUCUACUUUAAGGUCAGCACUUAGCUUAAACCAAGAGUUAGUAUGUCAAGGAACACUAUCAUUAAUGUCAUAAUGUUCAUAAUUGUAUUGCUAUGCUUUGUCACCUAGCCAUCUGCGUUAGAGUGUACAUGCAGGGUGUGCUCAGGCAGCAUGGCAACUGUGACUAGGCACUUCCUCACGCUGCCCCGGGUCCUAAUGCUUCAUAUUAAGCGGUUUACUGCAGGCAACUGGGAGCCAGAGAAGGUGGACGAUCCCAUGUCCAUCCCUGCAGAACUGACCCUCCCAGCCCUAUGUGGGGAGACAGCCCCUGUCCAGCAUGGAGCCAGGGCAAGCUCCCUGGGGAGAAACAACAUGGACAACACACCUGCAAACUCCCCGAAAGGCACCCUUGAUAAACCAGAGACACCAGCCAGACAAUAUCUACAAAUUGUCAAGUGUGAUCUCACAUCUGGGAGACAACAUGUAUACAGGCCACUACAUCAGUGAUGUUUUGGACAGCCGUGGCAGUGGGUGGCUCUGCCUGGAUGACGCAAGUGUUUUGAGGACAGAUGAGGCCACUGUGCUGAGGGCGAGGGCACAGACUGCCUACAUCCUGUUCUAUGUCUGCAGUGGAGCAGGGGAAGGAGACCAGGCCCCUCAGGACCAGGAGAACCCAUCAUAAAACUCAGGGAGAUGCACAGAGCCCAGGGACCACCUGGAGUAACACCUACUACAAUACCAAGAAACAUCAGAUUCAUCUAAUUAGGCUGCCCUACACCACCAUCAAGCUGCCCUACACCACCAUCAAGCUGCCCUACACCACCAUCAAGCUGCCCUAGACCACCAUCAAGCUGCCCUAGACCACCAUCAAGCUGCCCUAGACCACCAAGGAAUAAUUCUGCUCUAAACCACCAGGGUAACGGGCUUCCCUAAACCACCAGUACAUCAGGCUGCCCUAGACCACCAGUACAUCAGGCUUCCCUAAACCACCAGGACACCAGGCUGCCCUAGACCACCAGGCUGCCCUAGACCAUCAGGCUUCCCUAGACCACCUGGACAUCAGGCUGCCCUAGACCACCAGAGGAAACCGCCUACACCACAAAGCAUGUACCCACUGUAGGCCAUCUACUGUAUGUUUACAAUUAUAUAAAUAUAAAACAUCUCACCGACCGAGUGCAAUUUAUUUUCCUUUACUGUACAUGGUAGUGAAUAAAUGUACCUACAGUGCAUUCAGAAAGUAUUCAGACCCCUUGAC